AUGAAGGAAGCUCGCGUCGUAAUCAUGGGAGGCGGAGGCGUCGGCAAAUCAGCCCUGACAGUCCAAUUUGUCCGCAAUGUCUUCGUCAGCACCUACGACCCUACCAUCGAGGACACAUAUCGCAAACUUCUUGUCAUCGACGGGCAACAAUGCAUGGUCGAAAUCCUCGAUACAGCAGGCACAGAACAGUUCCUCGCACUCAAGGAACUAUACAUCAAAUCAGGUCAAGGCUUCAUCCUCGUCUUCUCCCUCACAUCGUUAGCAAGCGUCAACGAACUUGGCCCGCUACGCGAGGCCAUUGUUCGUAUCAAAGACACAACCGGCAUCCCACUUGUGUUGGUGGGUAACAAGUCGGAUUUGCGCACCGAUCGGCAGGUGCCAAGAGAAGUGGGCACUAGCUUGUCCAAAGCGUGGGGGAACGUGCCGUACUACGAGGCCUCAGCGAGAAAGCGCAUCAACGUGGACGAGAUCUUUGCGGAUGUUGUAAGGCAGAUUCGAGCUUUCGAUACGCUGAAUGGUCGGCCAGGGACGGCAGGCAGUGGUGGGAGGCAUGGCUCUUGGGGCAACGGUGGAAUGAAUGGCUCAAAAGACAGCAAGAUGGCCGGAAGUAGCUUUGGUACCUCGCGGUCGAAGAAUCGAAAGAAGUGCGUUAUCAUGUGA